CCUUUUGUUUAGAUUCCUUUGAAGCUCCUGGAUCUGCUACCAGCGACGCCGGCCAUGUUGCUGCAACUUCAACUAAAACCUCUUCAUAAAUUCAUGUUAGCGUUUCUCUUUCUCUUAUUAUCUAGCAGUGCUCUUUCAUAUAAUCGCCCCCCUGCUCGUCCCCCCGUCUUUGUGAAACGUUUACUCUCCAGUUCAUCGUCUCCAGAACAGGUGCAUAUCUCUCUGGUUGGUGAAGACAAAAUAAGAGUAUCAUGGAUUACCCAGAGUGAAUCUGCUGCAACUGUGAAUUAUGGUACAUCUCCAGGAGAUUACAAGUUUUCUGCAACUGGUGAUACGACAUCGUAUAGAUAUCUGCUUUACGAGUCAGGUCAAAUCCAUGAUGUUGUUAUUGGCCCUUUAGAGCCCAAUACAGCAUAUUACUACAGAUGUGGCUCUGACUCCGACGCCGAAUUCGCUUUCAAAACCCCACCAUCUCAGCUUCCAAUCAAAUUUGCGGUCAUAGGUGAUCUUGGUCAGACUGGUUGGACAAACUCAACCUUGCAACAUAUGGCAAAAUCCAACUACAGCAUCUUGCUACUUCCAGGAGAUUUAUCAUAUGCUGAUUUUGUUCAACCUUUAUGGGACUCAUUUGGGCGCCUGGUGGAACCAUUAGCCAGCCAACGUCCCUGGAUGGUCACACAAGGCAACCACGAGAUUGAAAGAAUACCUGUACUUCAUAAAACUCGUUUCACCUCUUACAAUGCAAGAUGGCGCAUGCCGUUUGAAGAAAGUGGCUCCACUUCAAAUCUUUACUACUCGUUCAACACUGCAGGUGUGCAUGUUGUUAUGCUAGGAUCUUACACUGAUUUUGAUCCUGAUUCGGAGCAAUACAAAUGGCUGGAGCAAGACUUGAAGAAGAUUGAUAGGAAAAAAACUCCAUGGAUAUUUGUUCUUAUUCAUGCACCUUGGUACAAUUCAAAUACUGCUCAUCAGGGUGAGAAGGAAUCAACUGGAAUGAAGGAAGCUAUGGAAGCUCUACUUUAUGAGGCUCGUGUUGAUGUUGUCUUUGCUGGGCAUGUCCAUGCUUAUGAACGCUUUACUCGUGUCUUUGAUGGGGAAGCUAACGAUUGUGGCCCAGUUCAUAUAACCAUUGGCGACGGUGGCAACCGUGAAGGCCUUGCCAGCGACUUCAUGGAUCCAAAGCCGGAAAUAUCAUUAUUCAGGGAGGCAAGCUUUGGGCAUGGCCAACUUGAAGUGUUUAAUGGAAGCCAUGCACUCUGGACAUGGCAUAGGAAUGACAAUGACGAGUCUUUUGCUAGUGACUCCGUUUGGUUCACAAGUCUCUCGUCUAAUCCUUCUUGUAAACUCAAUUCUUAAUAUGGUGGUCAAAUUGAUUAUCAUAUCUUAUAUAAAAAAUAUAAUUUUUAAAA